AUGUUGGGAAGUUACAGAGGAGAGGAGCCCUCUGGUGAUAAGCCCCCUGGGCAUGGUAGUACCAAAAAUAAGUAUUCUUUAUUAACGAGUCAGAUAAUGAAUCAAAAGGAUAGCUUAAUAAAAAAUUUGUUAAAUCAUGGAAGAAUACCAAAUGAAGGACUUAAUGAAGUAACAAUUAUGAGCAUUCUGUAUCAAAUAUCUUUACAAAAUUUGUGUAAUAGUGAAAAAAAUAUAAAAAUUGGUGAAAGGGAAAGUCGUAUAUACAGUUCUAUUGUACGGAAUAAGUACUUUGGUUUUGGACAUGGCAUAGGGAGGUCAGGUAAUUUGGAAGACGUACAGCCAAAAAGUGCGGGGAACAGCCUAUUGUGUAAAAUGACAACGAAUAUGGUGAAAUAUUUAAUAAAGAGUUUUGGAAUUAAAAAAUGUGAGGAUGUAUAUAUAUUACCAUAUGCAACUGGGAUGUGUAUAUCUACAUGUUUAUUAUAUUUAAAAGGGAUUAGAAAAAAUAGUGAAUGGGUAAUAAUAUCUAGGAUAGAUCAUAAGACGUGUUAUAAAUGUUUAGAUUUUUGUAAUUUAAAAUAUAUAGUAGUAGAUAUGAUAUUUAUUAAUGAUGAAUUACAUACAGAUGAAAAAAAAAUCGAAAAUUUAAUAAAAAAAUUAAAUGAAAAAAUAUCUUGUAUUAUUACUGUAACAUCAAGUUAUGCACCUAGAAAUUCUGAUAAUAUUUUAAAAAUUUCACAAUUAUGUAAUAAAUAUGAUAUACCUCAUAUUAUUAAUAAUGGGUUUGGUUUACAAUGUACAUAUAUUUGCAAAGAAAUUCAAAAAUGCUAUGAAUCGAAUGGAAGAAUAGAUUUUGUAGUUCAAAGUUGUGAUAAGAAUUUUCUUUUGCCAAUCAAUGGAGGUAUAGUAUUUAGUUCUAAUGCAAAAAUAAUGAAAGAAUUAAAAAAAACAUAUCCAGGAAGAACACCAGUUAAUGUAUAUUUAGAUUUAUUUAUUACUUUACUUGAGUUUGGAAAAAAUAAAAUAAUGUCAUUAAGAGAAGAAAGAGUAGAAAAUUUUAAUUGGAUCAAUGAACAGGUUCAAAAAAUAUGUUUAAAAUAUAAUUUAAAAUUAAUAAAAACAAGUAAAAAUAAAAUAUCUAUUGCUAUUAAUCUUAAUCAUUUAUAUAAUUAUUGUGGAUAUACAAAUCCAAAGAUUAUAAAUAUGCUUGGCUCUUUUCUAUUCUAUCGAAAUGUCACUGGGCAUCGUGUUAUUUGCUCUCCCACUCUUAUCAGGCAAAACGUUUUGAAGGAUGUUGAGAAAGAAGAAGUUGACAAGAGACAUGAAGCAAACUCGGAUGCUCAGAUGUUAGGGAAUGACAGUAUGGACAAUGCUACAAAAUGUGAUGGCAAAAUGAUUGAUGGAGACGUCCCUGGUGAUGAUGAUUUAAAAGUGGAUAAAGAAGUAGUUAGAGUGAGUGAGCUGAUUGGAUUUGAAAAUUUAAAAAGAGCAUAUUAUAGAUUGAAUGAAAAAAAUAAACUAGUUAUAGGAAAUAAAAUAUUUCAUGAUUUUGGAUCAAGUUGUAGUAAUUAUCCAUAUUCGUAUAUUGCAUUUUCAUGUGUAAUUGGGAUUGAAAAAGAUGAACUUCAAAAAUUUGUUACAAAGCUUGAUGAAUCUAUUGCACAUUUUAUUGAUACCUUUAAAAAAAAAAAUAAUAACAUAUUAAAAGAGGACCCAAAAUAA